AUGUUACAGAAGCAUGAUAGAAAUUGUGAAGCAGAUGAUCAUGGUACAAAUGUCGCAAUUCCGACAGAUCAAGAACCUCAUAUACCUGAAGUCGGAAUACAUCAAGAAUUAAGGUUGAACGAACAAGAAGAAGCUGAAAAUCGAAUUGAAUUAUCAACGCAAGCUAAUCCAGCGAAUGAUGCGCCGCCGUUCAAUACAACCGGGGAAGAAAACGAAAUAUCUUUGAUAACUAAGCUUGAAAUAAUGGUUCAACCUGCUCCUUUUUACCAUAAGCGUUAUUUAGCUGAAUUAUCAAAAUGUCCUUGUAUACAAUCUGGCUCGAAACAACGUGAACAUCCCCAAACAGCAAUUAAUCCUAUAUGGCGGGAAAUUUAUGGUGAAGAACUUUACAUACGUGUACAAUUGUGCAAACACAAUGGUGAUCCACAUCCAUAUAAAUUACUUCCCGACGGUGCAAUAAUAGAUGCUGAUUUAAAUGUAAUAAUUGAACGUUUUAAUGGGCAUUAUCAUACAGAAUCAAAUUCAUUAUAUUGUAAAAUAAUGCAAUCAGAUUUUGAAAAUCAAGUUAAAAGGUUUGAAAAAAAGCAUAAUACAGUUGAAUUCAUAUCUAUUUUACAAUCAUCACCUAUGGGUGUUUUAAAUGUUAUGUUUACACAAGAAAAUCUUUAUUUUAACGUUAUUACUGGUGAGAAAAGGUACCGUGAAAUUGUGAACAUAGAUAUUAAGUAUACUCGACAUGAAGAACAUCCAAAUCAAUUACACCAGUGUGAUCGUAAAAAAAUUGAUGCUCAUUAA